CACGACAUAGCACUGUUCAUUAACGAUACUCCAGAUGGUCCUGUUGAAAUAUUAACGCGCUAUUAACGGAUAUUUUAAUAUUUUUAAUAGACCUGCGUACGUCAGGGAGAAAAUGCGAGCAAAUGAAUAUAUUUUAGUUACAUUUAGCCUGAGUGUACGUCAGCCUUAUUAAAAAAAGGAAAAAAAAAAAAAAAAGCCCUUGACGCUGGUUUGUGAACAGGCGUGUUUUGGACAGACUUAAGGACGCAAACAUGGCGGCCUCCUUAAGGCUAGGACAUCGAGCCGUUUUAACGGGUUUGAGGUUUAUUCCGUUUCAAAAAUGCCCUCAUGUAAGUCAGAGCUCGUCCAGGCAACUGUUUCAGUCUGCAUAUUUAUUAGGGGCUGCUCCUCUCAAAGUGCAGAUGCCUGCCCUCUCACCCACCAUGGAAGAGGGCAACAUCGUGAAAUGGCUGAAGAAGGAAGGUGAGGCAGUGGCAGUUGGCGACGCUCUCUGUGAAAUUGAGACAGACAAGGCUGUGGUUACCAUGGAAUCCAAUGACGACGGAGUACUAGCUAAAAUCCUGAUGGAGGAAGGUAGUAAGAAUGUGCGUUUAGGGACACUCAUUGCUUUGAUGGUCGAAGAAGGGGAAGACUGGAAACAAGUGGAAAUCCCUCCUCUUGUCUCCUCCCAGCCUGCUCCAGCUUCUCCCCCACCUGCAGCUGUACCGCCCUCCCCAACACCUGUAGCCCCGCCCUCCAGAGCUGCACCUGCCGUUGGACCGUUGCGGUUGAGUCCUGCUGCCAGACAUAUUUUAGACACACAUGGUUUGGAUCCUCACUUGGCCACAGCCACUGGACCACGAGGGCUCAUCACUAAAGAAGACGCUCUAAACCUCCUGAAGAAGGGAGAUGCAGGCCGACAAGCAGCUCCGGUGACUGCACCUCCUCCUGCUCCUCCAUCUCCUCCUUCUCCUCCUUCCUCCCCUCAUGUUCCUCCAUCAGCUCCAGUCUCAGGACGGCCUCUUCACCCAGCCAUCUCAGUGCCUGGAAAACCCGGAGCUCCAGGCACCUUCACAGAGAUCCCAGCCUCUAAUGUGCGAAGAGUGAUCGCACAGAGACUAACGCAGUCCAAAACCACCAUACCUCAUGCGUAUGCCUCAGUGGACUGUGAUGUGGGUGCCGUGAUGCAGCUUCGCAAAGAGCUAGCCCAAGAGGAAAUCAAGGUGUCUGUCAAUGAUUUCAUUAUCAAAGCUGCUGCUGUUACACUCAAAGAAAUGCCAGAAGUCAAUGUGACCUGGUCAGGAGAGGGACCCCAAGCGCUGGACUCCAUCCAUAUUUCCAUCGCCGUGGCGACCGAUCGUGGCCUCAUCACCCCCAUUAUCAAAGAUGCGGCACACAAAGGCGUGCAGGAGAUCGCCGCCAACGCCAAGGUGCUGGCUCAGAAAGCAAGAGCAGGGAAACUGUUACCAGAAGAAUAUCAGGGAGGAUCCUUCAGUAUCUCUAACCUGGGAAUGUUUGGCAUCAGCGGCUUCAGCGCAGUGAUUAACCCUCCUCAGGCGUGUAUCCUGGCAGUGGGGCGAUCCAGGGCCGAGCUGACACCGACAGCAGAGGGCCUCUGCACGCAACACCUAAUGACCGUCACCCUGUCCAGCGAUGGUCGUCUAGUAGACGAUGAGCUUGCCUCACGCUUCCUUGAAAAAUUUCGCAACAAUUUGGAGAAGCCCCAGCGCAUGGUCCUUGCUUAGUAAAGAGGACAGAAGAACAGAGGAGUAGAAAGAGGAGUAUAACAGACUGAAUGUUACCAAUGAUCUAGUAUAGCAAGGUUAGUUGACGUUCACGAAAGAAAGCUAUUUAAAAAAGAAUACCGGCACACAGGUAAAAUGAACCAUGUUACCCAAAUCCCUUCUUUAAUUUAUUUGUUGUUAAUGAAAAGAUUUUGUUUUGGUUCAUUUGGACUUGUAUUUUAAAGAUUUCACUAAUAUCAUAUUUUAAAAUGGGUCAGUGUAGAAAUAUAGCAGUUUAAUUUAUUAUUCUCAUAAAUUAGGUCUUCAAUUUUGGCCAGCUUUUUCCAAAUAUGCAUUCUUUCUACAUUUUCUCUGAAAUAUCAAAGGAAAUACAGUGAAAUCUCAAAUCCUCACCUUCCUAAGUGACACAACUGGCUGCCAGCUCACGUUCACAGAAGUGGGCAGUCACUUAGCCCUCUCCAUAUUCCUUCAGCUGCCCUACGACAUUACGUGAGCAGCAGUUAAAAAAGACAUGGUUGCUGACUUCACAUAUCUUGUUGGAAGAACGUGCUUACCUGAUAUUGCAAGGUGCUAUAUGAUGGAGAGACAAGAGAUUUAGACAUCCACUGGGAAUAAGCAACAACUAAUGCUUUAAAUGAGAAAAAUAAAUAAAUAAAUGGGAACUCUGUGGUGUCAUACACCAAACAGUAACACAAAAUAAAAUUGUCUACUGAAUCAA